AAGUAGGCUAGGUUGACGUCAGCCAACUUCUCCAGCAGCUGCGGCGAGGAGAGCAGGGAGGGAGAGUUAGUUGAUGUGGAGCGACGACGAGGAGCGUGUUCAGGACAGCGGGACUAUCGUGUUCAUUGGGGACAACAGUACUCAUGAGAAUCCAGCGGCUGCUAAAUGUGUGAAGCCACAUCCAACCCAGGACCCUGUUCGUUAACAAGCCACAGUAUCGGGGGAAUAUUGGCAAAUACACCAGAGGAGCCACCAAGCAGCAAGGUGUUCCAGCAUGAACCGGGCCUUUAACAGGAAAAAAGAUAAAUCAUGGAUGCACACUCCAGAGGCUCUGGCGAAGCAUUACAUCGGCUACAACGCCAAGUUCCUUGGAAACACCGAAGUUGACCAACCAAAAGGAACUGAGGUUGUGAAGGAUGCAGUGAGAAAGCUGAAGUUUCAAAGGCAUAUCAAGAAAUCAGAGGGACAGAAGACUCCUAAAGUGGAACUGCAAAUCUCCAUAUAUGGAGUGAAGAUAUUAGACCCCAAGACAAAAGAUGUGCAGUACAACUGUCAGCUGCAUAGAAUCUCCUUCUGCGCCGAUGACAAGACUGACAAGAGAAUAUUCACCUUCAUCUGCAAAGAUUCUGAAUCCAACAAACACCUCUGCUAUGUGUUUGACAGUGAGAAAUGUGCAGAGGAGAUAACCCUCACUAUAGGCCAGGCGUUCGACCUGGCCUACAAGAAGUUCCUGGAGUCUGGCGGCAAGGAUGUGGAGACGCGGAAACAGAUAGGGACCUUGCAGAAGAGGAUUCAAGAACUGGAAACGGAGAACUCUGAUCUGAAGACUCAGCUUCAGGACCUGGAGGAGCAGCUGAAGAUCUCUCCUGUUCCCCCGCUGCUUCACAUAAACUCGACUAACGAGGCGUUCAUGUUGCAAAGGCCCUCGUCUCUGUUCUGGUGCCACAACCUGACGUCCUUCUCCUGUGUGGAGAUCUCCUCAGUGACUCUCACACCUAUGAGCUCACCAGAGUCCAACCUGUCAGCCGGGCUCCUAACCCCUCCACCUGCUAAACCUGCUCUCCCUCCUGCCAAGCCUGCUGAUGGUCACAGCAUCCCACGGCCUCGUGGAGGCAGCCUCAACAUGAAACCCCAGUCUACAGACGUCUUUGACAUGGUGCCAUUCUCUGCUGUGACCCCCCUGGUGCCCAUACCAGCCAGCAAUGGCACCCCCCCCCCUCCACCCACCACAUCCCCACCGGAUAUAAGGAAAGACCUGUUUGGAGCCGAGCCGUUCGAUCCCUUCACCUGCGGCUCUGCAGACUUCCCUCCAGACAUCCAGUCCCAGCUGGACGAGAUGCAGGAGGGGUUCACAAUGGGACUGACCCUUGAGGGGACAGUCUUCUCUCUGGACCCGCUGGGAAGCCGCUGCUGAGGCCAAGACGCUGUCUUUUACUUCACUUUUAGCUUGUUUUUACGGAGAAAAAAAAGUGCCAAAAUUUGGUCUAAUACUUUACAGUCAAGAUGCCAAUGUUCCUAUCUUGAGGUUUUUAUGUAUUUGAAUUUGGUUUUAGAAACAAAUCUGAGGUAUAUUAAAAUCUGAUAUAGAAAAAGCACUAUUUUUGUAAGAACUCAAACUGAAGGAUUAGUUUGUAGACCCUUUGCUUGUACUGGCAUUGAAGGAUGUAAAUAGUACAGUAUGUCCCAUGGUACAGUCUGUGGCUGAAUUUUCAUAUGGUACAGUUUAAUGUGUAGAUAUGCACCACUUUAGAUUGAGGUCGAUAUCAUUUAUUUGUAUGUGCGACAUGAUUCCCUAACAUAACCUCACAAGACAUAUACAUGUAGUUGGUCUUGUAUUAACACUCAUAUGCCAAACUGAGCUGGAUGUUUAACAUAUUUUCUUUUAACUCUUUCUUUUUACACGUGUAUUUAGUUGAUUUGUAAUGAAUUUGUAUGGAUUGUUUUGACUGGACAUUAAAUAGUUUCACUUGUCUGGCUAAAGGUCUUAACAGGUGAAGAGCCAUCUCAGUAUGUCUGACCAUGUCUUUACUUUCAUAUUAUAUCAUCCUUGCACCAGAAAGCACUUUUGAAAUCCUGUCCAUAUACAGUACAUACUAUAUACUACUAUUUUGUUUGCAAAUAUGACUUUGCUGUUACGGUUAUUAAAGAAAACAUACUGCAUACUAGA